UCUAGAUCGGAGGGCGAUAAGAUAAAAGCGUGGUGCUAUUUCUGACUCUGCUCUUGCUCAUUCCGAUCGUGCUUGCCAAUGCCUCCGCGAUUUUAUUUGUCCACUUUCCGGCUAGCGGCCCUCAGGAGCAAGGCACCUUGUCUCCUACCACCACCAGCACUCCUUCGCGCCAUGUCUAUCGACGCCGCGCGCGACCGCGUCGCCGCCCAACUCAAGGUUGACCUCAUCUCCCCCAGCUACCUCGAGGACAAUGCCGCAAAGUUGCGCGAAAUUGGCCGCACCUUCAUUUGUGAGUGACUCGGUACGCUCUCCCGCCCCCCUCCUGACGGCCCACCCAGCGGACACCAUAUCAGGUGAUAGCAGAUAGUACGCGCCUCAUAUGCCGCCACUCACCGCGCCCAGUUCCCACCUCGGAGAUGUACACCUACGCGG